AUGUUUCGUGACCUCAGUCAAAGGAAUUGGCAUUGCAGUGCAGCCAAGAUGUCCAGCAAGUAUAAUCUGAAGUGGAAUUCUCAUCAUGCUGAGGCAUUUCACAACUUUGAGAUUCUACGUCAUCGAGAUAUGUUUGUAGAUGUCACACUUUCUUGUGAUGGGCAGUUUUUCAAGGCUCAUAAAUUGGUGCUCAGUGCUGGAAGUGGCUAUUUUGAGCGGAUGCUCAACAGGGAUGGAACUGGAACUCCAAUCAUUCAUUUCUAUGGAAUUGAAAUGCAUCUGCUGAAGCUUGUGAUUGAAUUUAUGUACAGUGGAGAAGUGGAAGUUCCAUCUUUGGAUCUAGAAAGGUUCAUUGAAAUUGCUGAACACUUGGAAGUAAAAGGACUGAAAGGCGAGAAGUCCAAAAGUAGUUUUGUGUCACAUGGAAUGGGUGGAACAACAAUACCUGUGGCAGGAGUGGAGGAUGCUUUGGCUCACAAGCGCAAGAGUUCUGUUCAUCAUGAGUAUAGUGACUCGUUGCUCCCACCUGCUAAACUGGCAAGAUCCCAUCUUUCUGUGCCACGGGUUGGAAAUAAGGCUGAAUCAGCACAUCUAUCAUCUCAAAUGGGAGCCAUGCAACAGCCUCAACAAGGUCCAAGCUCAGUUGAUACCAUAAAGCAGGAAGAUGAAGUAACGGAAAUCCACGAUGAUACAACUCAAAGCAGUACAGGGGCUCCAGGAAGUGCAGAUGAAGGCCAGUGGGAUGGACAGUCUCAGAGUUCAUAUUAUGAUGAAGGCAUGGAAGGAGAACCUGAUAUUCCCUUGAAUAUUCCUCCGGAAGUUGAUUCCCAGACAAUCUUCAAAGAUCAGGACUACGUGUGGUGUGGAUGGAUUAGGGGAACAAGAAAGAAGAAGUAUUUUUGUGCUGUCUGUGACUAUUCUCACAAGAAAAAGGAUAACAUGGUGAAGCACAGUUCCACUCACAAUAAAUUGAAGCGAUUCAAGUGUGCUUUGUGUGACAAAAACUUUGCCAGAAAUGAUUAUUUGAAACGGCAUGUUCUCAUGCGGCAUCCAGACUUAUGUGUACUGGGAAUGUAAUUCAUUUCAGGACUAUAUGCUUCUUCUGAUAGAAAGUUGUCUCUGGAUGACCCUUCACUAUUGUGAUUUUGCUGGGUUUCCAUAUUUUGAGAGUAGCCAUAGUUGUUUUAUUUUGAGUCAC